AAGACUUCUGAAUUGUGUUGAAGCAUCCUUUGUUAUCAUUGUUGGUUUACACAGAUUAGAGCAAUAUCAAUAGUGCCAUAGCCUCAGUCUCGUUUUUGCCCCCACACUAUUAUCCACUAGACUUAAUCUGCUAAUCUAGAAGAGUAUUCUGCCAUUGCAUCCAGCCAUUGCAGUCAUUCCGGACACUCUUAUAGUGCUUAUAAUCAUCUAAUUCUGCCAUACUCCUGGUUUAUCAUAUUGUUAGUCUUUUAGAUUCUUCUCAAACUCCACUACUUUCAAAAGUCUCAUUUCUAAAAUGCACUUCUCGUUAUCGUUACUCACCACCAUCGCUACUGCUUUGCUUGCUCUUCCUGUUGAUGCCGGAAAGCACUCUGCCAAGUUGAAGAAGGUUCCUACUGAAGAAACCCUUGACGCCAACACCUUCAGAGAAUACACCGACGCCCUCUCCAACAAGUACAUGAACAUGUUCAACGCUGCUGCUGGUAACCCGGUCGUUCCUAACGUUAUGGGUAUGGCCAACCAGGCUCAAGUACCAUUUGUUAACCCAGAAGGUAAAAAGGGUGCCCAUGAAGCUCCAUUGACAAACUACUUGAACGCUCAGUACUUUACUGAAAUCCUGUUGGGUACUCCAGCUCAGCAGUUCAAAGUCAUUUUGGAUACUGGGUCUUCCAACUUGUGGGUUCCAUCACAGGAAUGCUCGUCUUUGGCAUGUUUCUUGCAUACCAAAUACGACCACGACUCGUCGUCCACUUACAAGGCUAAUGGCUCCGAAUUCUCUAUCCAAUACGGUAGUGGAGCUAUGGAAGGUUACGUCUCCCAAGAUACUUUGGCUAUUGGUGACUUAGUGAUUCCAAAGCAAGACUUUGCUGAAGCCACUUCUGAACCAGGUUUGGCUUUUGCUUUCGGUAAGUUCGAUGGUAUCUUAGGUUUGGCUUAUAAUACUAUCUCCGUCAACAAGAUUGUGCCUCCAGUCUACAACGCUCUUGCACAGGGUUUGUUGGAUGAGCCACAAUUCGCCUUCUACUUGGGUGACACCAAAAAGGACGAAAAUGACGGUGGUUUGGCCACCUUUGGAGGUUACGACGAAUCCGCUUUCACUGGUAAGAUCACAUGGUUACCUGUCAGAAGAAAGGCUUACUGGGAAGUUUCCUUUGAAGGUAUCGGCUUAGGUGACGAAUAUGCCGAGUUGGACAACACCGGUGCUGCUAUCGAUACCGGUACUUCGUUGAUCACCUUGCCAUCUUCUUUGGCCGAAAUCAUUAACGCUAAGAUCGGCGCUACCAAGUCUUGGUCCGGACAGUACCAGAUUGAUUGUGAGAAGCAGGACACUUUGCCUGACUUGACAUUGAACUUUGCUGGGUACAACUUCACCUUGACCGCCCACGACUACAUCUUGGAAGUUGGUGGUUCAUGUAUCUCUGUAUUCACUCCAAUGGACUUCCCUAAGCCAAUUGGUGACUUGGCCAUCAUUGGUGAUGCUUUCUUGAGAAGAUACUAUUCCAUCUACGACUUGAAAAAGGACGCUGUUGGAUUGGCUACCUCGAAGUAAGUUUUUAACUACGUAACGGCCAUUGGGCUACAUAAUUCUUAAAAUUGCUUCUUUCUGAUCUAUUGUUUGUUUUGCUUAUCUUGUUGUUUUGUUCUGGUUUGCGAUUCCACUCCAGUAUUCUCUUAUGUAUGCUGAAACAAAAUAAUUUACAAUUAUAUGCAU